AGCUUUUUUCUUUUUUUAAAAAAAAUAAAAAAUUAACACUCAGUCUAUCUGUAAAAAAACCCAUCUCCGUGGUGCGUGUGCCCUUGGUUUACAAGUAGAACCUUCUAUAGACAUCUACUAGCACCUGAAAAAAAAACCAAGGGAACUGUCAAUCCCUACAUAAUGAACUCUGUAAGUGAGUGAGAGAGAAAGGUAGAAAGUGAUUACGUAUCUUAUGCUUUCUUUUCAAUAAGAGUUUAUUACGUCAAUUUUAUUAAAAGGCCGCAUGAAUCGUACAAAUAUAAAAAGAUGAAAAAAGUAGGUGUUUCCUAUUUCUUUCAACUUUUUUUAACACACAAUUAAAAAAAAAUAACUGAUAAAAUGACUAUUUCUGUUGGCGACUCUCUUCCUCACGAUGUUCUUACUUACGUUCCCUACGACCCUAAGCGUGACCCUAUGGCCUGUCCCGCACCUGUCAAAUUUGACCUUUCCAAAGAAUUAAAGGGUAAGAAGGCAGUUAUUUUUGCUAUUCCUGGUGCUUUCACCCCUACCUGUUCCGAACAACACGUCCCUGCCUUCUUGGAAAAGUACGACGAGUUAAAGAAAAAGGGAGCCGACCUUAUCAUUUGCGUUGCUGUUAAUGAUGGUUUUGUCAUGGAUGCCUUUGGACAACAUUUAAAGGUGAAGGAUAAAAUUAUCAUGGCCUCCGAGGGUGGAUCUGGAUUCUUUGAUCAUCUCGGUUUGACCUUGGACUUGACAAAGGCUGGUAUGGGUGUCCGCUCUCAACGUUUUGCUUUGGUUGUUGAUGACCUUAAGGUCACCUAUGUAGGUGUCGAUGAUUCUGGCGUUGAUAAGUCUGGUCCUGCUGGUGUAUUGACUGCUUUGUAAAGAAGUGAAAGAGAAAAAUGAUAUCCAAAUAAUAAAAUAAAACGCGCUUUUAUUUCUUUUAUUAUUAUACUAUAA